AUGUGGAAGCAGUAUAUUCCUCUAUUUUUAGCAGGAACUGUUGCUGGUAUUUCUGUUCCAUACUUUUUCGGUACAAUUUCUCGCUGGGGAAAACCAAAAGUUAAUGACAAUAAGAAGAAGAAAGAAGAAGAAAAACCGCAAAAUGAAAAUGUCGAUCCAAGAUUUGAUUUUCCAAGGCCAACUUAUAAUUACACUGGAGAAUACAAACUCGUUUUAGGAGUUCGUAUGGAUAUUGAGCACUCAUUGCCAGAUAUGGCUAGCUUAAUUGGCGAUAUGGCAAUUAAAUCCGUUGUUAAUGCAAUGCAAUUUAAGAAAGAUGAUGUUUUACAGUGGCUUCACUUUGGACAAGCUAAAAUUACAACCAAAGUUCCAGAUGCUGCUAAGAUGGCCGAGCUUAUUCAAAAAUGCAAAGACGCAAAUGUUCCAUUUGCUGUUAUAGAGAAAGAUGGUCAGUCAGUUAUCAUUGGUAUUGGCCCAGGUCCUAUUGAACCAAUUACAAAGGUUAGUGGCGACUUGAAACUCAUCUAA